AUUAAUGUUGGGGAGAAAGUUGUAGCGCCUGCAGCAAAAGCGACGAUUUUCUAUUAGGAAAUCCCGCGCGCACUUUGCCGGCGCUCGAGGUUAGGUUAGUCGUCGCAUCUGCUCGUUAAGCGUCACCGGCUUAGGUUAUGUUACGAGCGACUGAGCGAAAAGAGCGAGAGCGCGCGCGUGGUCCUAUAUAGUAUCGAGGAAGCGCUUCCCAAAGGAAGGAGUGGCUGUUACAUGUCGUUGUAAUAGGAGCAUCGGGUCUCUCUCGAGAGUGACAGGGAAAAUAGGAGCAAUCGGACUUUAUUCCUCGACGCUCGUUGCCCACAUUUUGAAUUUCGAAAUAACGCGCAAACUGCACACUGGCGACGAUGGCGGAAACGUGUUGGUAUAACAGCAAGAGAAUGCGUUUGGACGAUGGCUGUAAUAAUAAUUUAAAUAGCGCAUCUGUAAAAGAGAGUGAAAGAUGGUCAUGUUCCGGUGAUACCAGCUUAGUGGAGCCUGAAAUUUUAGAAGAUAUGGGUGUUAGUAUGCUCGCCGACGGAGAAGCUAGUCGAGAAAGCUUACAAAUUUUGAAAACACAAGAAUGUACAAUAUCGCCAAAAAACUUUGAGUCUAAUAGACAUUCAAAGAAUAAGAGUACCAUGUACGAAACAAAAGAGACAUUCAAGAGUACGAGCUUUGAACCAGCCAAUGUUGACAGAUUGGAUCCAUUUGAUAACGAUGACACUGUAAAUUUUUCUGCAAUAAACAACGAAUCCGGUUAUUCUUCUAGAGUUGAAAAUGAAAAUUUUAUAGAAGCAAAAAAUUUUGGCAAGGAAGACUCGAACGACGCUUCAGAUAAACCGGGGACAGAUCCAUUCUAUUUAUUCAGAAGAAAGAAGAAACUAUCUAUAAUAGGCGAAGACAAAUUCAAUAAACUUUCAGAUGAAAUGAUUCUUAUGAUCUUAAAAUGGCUUCCAAAGAAGUGUCUAGUUCGUUCGAUGUUAGUUUGUAAAAGAUGGUGCCAAAUAGCUCGAGACGAAGCUUUAUGGUCGAGACUAGAUCUUGGCAGUAAGGUAUUGAACGAGGGCACGUUAGGUCACAUUCUUCCAAGAGGCGUUCAAAUUUUGAGAUUGGCACAAGCUGAAAUCGCACAUCCAGCUUUCCUCAAAACGAACGGCGACACACUUUGGGAAAAUUAUAUUUGUAAGCUACAGUACUUGGACCUUUCCAUGGCAGUUGUCUCCCCUAACGACUUGUCAGAUUUAUUAUCAAAGUGUAAAUAUUUAAAAAAAUUAUCUCUGGAAAAGUGUACGUUGAACAAAUCGAGCUGUGAAGCAAUUAGCAAUAAUCAAGAUUUAGAAGUUCUUAAUUUAACAAUGUGCGAAAGAAUGAAUAUCGAUUGUAUAAAGGACCUGAUGAAAUUAACAAGACUAAUAUCCCUGAAUAUAGCAUGGUGUGUUUUGGAUUCCGAGUCAAUGGGUUAUUUAUGCCAAACUUUACCCUCGUCCAUUACAAGAUUAAACAUCGCUGGCUGUCGAAAGACAUUGACAGACGACAAUCUAAAGGACCUGGCCCAAUGUUGUCCACACCUCGUGGAAUUGGAUUUAAGCGACUGCACAAUGCUCACCAUCAACACGGUGCACAGUUUAAUAAACUUAGGUGAAUUGGAGCAUUUAUCGCUUAGUCGCUGCUAUAGCAUUCCGACGUCGAUGCACCUUAGGAUAGCGCUAAUGCCGCGUUUGAGAUACUUGGAUAUAUUUGGAUUGAUAUCCGACGAACUGCUCAAGACUUUUCAAGCAAAAUGUGACAGCGUUGAAAUUAAUAAAUUUCAAUAUAGUGCAGUUGCUAGGCCAACCGUUGGGGUUAGACGAACUAGUAUAUGGGGUCUUCGAGUAAGAGAUUAGACUGGUGUCGUUGACCAACGUUUCUCUUUUAGUGAAAAUAGAGGUCGAUAAGCCUUAAGAACAUACCAAUGAUGUCAUUUUUUUUUUA